AUGACGCUGCGGUCCACCAUGCAAGGCCAUACACAUACCGUGUACUCUGUUUCGCUCUCCCCGGAUGGCUCCCAAAUUGCCUCGGGCUCUGGGGAUAGCACGAUCCGAAUAUGGAAUGCGGACACCGGAAAGGAAGAUUGCGAGCCUUUACGAGGGCACACGAACGACGUCUCUUCGGUGGCGUUUUCCCCCGAUGGGAAGCGCCUGACCUCGGCCUCACAUGACUUCACCGUGCGACUAUGGGACGUGAAGACGGGGCAGCAGGUUGGGGAGCCGCUCGAAGGGCAUACGCGCGAGGUUAAGUGUGUUGCAUUCUCGCCCAAAGGCGACCGCAUCGUCUCGGGCUCAACUGACAAGACGCUCCGACUCUGGGACGCGCAGACGGGACAGGCCGUCGGCGAGCCUUUACACGGUCACUCCGACUGGGUUCUUAGCGUCGCAUUCUCACCGGACGGUAAAUACAUCAUCUCUGGAUCCGACGACGGAACCAUUCGAUUCUGGGACGCCAACGCGGCCAAGCCCGUCGGGGACCCGUUGCGUGGCCACAAUGACGCGGUUUGGCCGGUCGCGUAUUCCCCCUGUGGCGCGCACAUCGUCUCAGGGUCCUACGACACCACGAUCCGGAUCUGGGACGCCAAUACAAGACAGACAGUACUGGGCCCAUUGAGAGGGCACAAAGACACGGUCCGCUCCGUGUCAUUCUCUCCGGAUGGCCAGUAUAUCGUCUCUGGCUCCGACGACAGCACGAUCCGGAUAUGGAACGCGAAGACGGGACAGACCGUAGCGGGGCCUUGGGAAGGCCGAGGUGGAGGUGUGAUUUGGUCCGUUGCCUUCUCGCCUGAUGGCAAGCGCGUCGUCUCAGGUGGUAGUGACAAAACCGUGAAAAUAUGGAAUGCGGAUUUGGAUUAG